GGACUGGCCAUGAGUUCAGUACUUCGAUGGCAGAAUAUAUAAUAUUGAAGGUUAUGUAUCCGUGACGCAGAGACAGAUAAAUUGAGUACUCACUUUUGGUCCUACGAAGGAACUGAAGAGGCUGCACUUUGAGUAUGCUUUCGCCAACCAUGAAUCCUCGAAGUGGUGGAGUCGACACCCAUGCAGAGAAUCUUCUGCUGGAGCGGCUUGGAAUUUUGGUGGACCGUUUGAACUGGUCGUAUGGUGUCAUCUGGACGCUCAAUCCUCGAACAAGGGUCCUCGACUGGACGAGGGGAUACUUUCAGGUUAACACGCAGGUUGGGACAGCGUCAAGUGCUCCGAGGAGUAAUUGGGAUGCACAGCUCUUCUACACAACAUACAAGUCUUGCUCUUUCGCUCCUGGCAACGGAGCUGUUGGAAGAGCAAGUGUAGAUGGCAGACGUUUCUGGUUAACUGGUGACUCAGUUGGUCAGAAUGCGGGUACGAUGGAGCAAUCGCAGUUCCUGAGAUGCGCCAAAAUCAAUACUAUGAUAUGCAUUCCAUGCAUCGACUCUGUCCUCGAAAUGGGCACGCACAUUCAUGUGCGAGAGAACUUUCAGGUAAUGGACCAGAUUCAUGAAGUGCUGUCCAACGACCUCCUGGGUGUGCUGCCGCUACAGCACACAACGUCUGAGCAUGCAUGUUCCUGGGAUACUUUAAUGUUCCAAGCUGAUUCUCAUCUCGGUUUUCAUCAGGAUUCGGCAGCAAAUAAUCCUUCAAGUUUGGCAUUACAACAGCCUUCUUCUGAGAUGAUGUCUCGGAGCAUUUCAGAAAUGUCUCUCCGAUUUUCAGAAGAUCUCAACCGACCUUUUCAGUCCGAGUUUAACCUGUCAGACCAAGUGUGGAGGUCGGCUAUCAGCUCAAACUUGAGCCUAAAUUCGGACAUUUUCAUGCAUGGUCAGCAAGAUACUCAACUAGAUUCCGCCAUCGAUAAGGUCACAACUGAGAAUUUAUCCACGUUGCACAGUCACGGAGGAACGCCUUCCACGUUCCUGAUGCCCAACCCUAAUGCACCAUCCAAUCCGGCGCAUGCCGAGGCUGAUUUCCAUGUCAGUCAGCAAGUCAACCAGAGGAUCAUGACACAAUCUGCCAGCCAUGGGUUGAUGGUUUCGCAAGCGGAUCGAUAUCGUCCUUGGUCGGGUGCUGCGACUUCCUCCAGCGUGAGCAGCCAAGGGGAUUCGUCUGCAAGACUCUCGGCUUCUCCUGAACCGCAGCAGCCACAAAUCCAUCACAAUCCCCUCCCCAACUCACAAAAUUCUACCCUGGACAGAACGUCAUCCUCAGGCACUCUGCGGUCCCUGUUGAACCAAAACUUGAGGCGCACAACUUCUUGUGGCGAUCAAUAUGAAAUCCAGAAAGCAUUCAGCUUGUUUGAAGCUCAGGAAAUGCAAGAGCAUUGGCGACAACAAGCAGGCCAACAACCUGAACUUGCAGGGGCCCAAGCUGCCACCAUGAACGACAAGGUGACCGCCCUAAAACAUGAUCCAGGUAGCUUGCAAAGGAGUACCGAUGACCCUCCGAAUCUGCUUAAGCGUAGCAGCAACGUUAGUCUCGUCAAUCAGGUUUCUAAAGUUGCCGGGGUACUGCUACGGAGAAAAUCCUUGUCUGCGCUGGAAGUGCUCAAAGCGGUCGAUACGUAUCACCGAGAGACAGCCGAUAAGUCGUUGAAUCUAGUUCAAAAUAUAGAGGAGGAGCCUACCGGACUUGCUACCACUGUCACGGAGAAUAUUACACCCAAUUUGAGGGGUCGAAGAAGGUGGGGAAUGGAGCAUGCAAGUAGCAGUCGUGGUCAAGGCCCAAUACAUGUUGGUCAUGACGAAGCUGCUGUCAACCAUAUGAUGGCUGAAAGACGCCGGAGAAUGAAGCAGAAGGAAAAUUUCACUGCGUUGAGAAGACUGGUUCCUACAAUUUCGAAGGCCGAUAAGGCAUCCACCUUAAUCGACGCAAUCACCUAUCUCAAGGACUUGCAGAACAAGAUCCAAGAGAUGAAGGCAAGCAAGGAAGACAUCAACCAACGGUGCGAGACGCUGGAAAACAAGUGCAGGGAACUGGAGGAUCGGAACCAACAGCUGGUCGCCAUGCUGUCCAUUAACCACCCAAGCAGUUCAAACCAACUCGAUACACUGAAAUCCGAACUGCUCCAGUCAUUUUUUCCGUCUGAGCUAAAAACCUCCAAGGCCGCAGGCAAUCCAACUUAUUCCAUCAGCAGCGACUACCACAUGUAGUUCCAGGGAGCGUCCAGAACAAGCCCUGCCGCGAACGCCUUCUCUCCGUCCAUCAAGGAUCCAGAAAUUUGCACACAUCCUGGCAACGAAACACGAGUUACACUUACACCCAAUCUGUCUUUUGCCCUUCACCGUCACCGCUACCGACUCCGAUGUUUCGCACCUGAUCCACCGCCACCGGGUUCGGCGUUGAUCUUUAUACAGCCAAAACCUGUACCGCCUCAUACCUGUCUCCACACAUUCCGUUCCGCCCCACAACUUGUACAUACACAACCUCAUCCGACCUCCAGUUUCUGUCAUCGAAAACCGGGUCAUCGGUUCGUCAAGACACUGUCUGAUUCACCGUGUUUGUGAGUCUAGACUGGGGUUCUGGGGGAGUAUAAUACCAACAAUUAGAUCCCCAUGACACUGACCCGAUGUAGCAAACUCUAUUCAACUUAGUGUCCAGUUGUCGAAUCUGCUUGUGGAUCGGAUGCAUCGGCACCGACUCCGAUGCUGAUCAUGCCCGGCCUGUUAUCCGGGUUUCCCAUCAGAAACUGGCAACAUCGAUUCGCCGCCUAAUUCAUUGCGAUCAUGCUCUUGAGCAUUCUUUCUCUCGAUGUGGGUUCGAAUCAUGCGUGAUUGACUCGUUGUGGCUCUUCUUUUCAAGGCUAGUUUUCGGUGUGCCCGGGUUCAGUUUGUGGGGCUGGCACAACAUUGUACUGUUGACAGAUCGCACAAAACAUGCAUGAAAAAUUAAAAAAACAGCUGAAAUUUUAAUUA